AUGGCGGCCUCAGCAAAAAAGAAGAAUAAGAAGGGGAAAACUAUCUCCCUAACAGACUUCCUGGCUGAGGAUGGAGGGACUGGGGGAGGAAGCACCUAUGUUCCCAAACCAGUCAGCUGGGCUGAUGAAACAGAUGACCUGGAAGGAGAUGUUUCAACCACUUGGCACAGUAAUGAUGACGACGUGUACAGGGCACCUCCAAUUGACCGUUCUAUCCUGCCCACUGCUCCACGGGCUGCUCGGGAACCCAAUAUUGACUGGAGCCAUCUUCCGAAAUCGCCACCCUAUACCUUUUUAGGGAACCUGCCCUAUGAUGUGACAGAAGAAUCCAUUAAGGAAUUCUUUAGAGGAUUAAAUAUCAGUGCAGUGCGUUUACCAUGUGAACCCAGCAAUCCAGAGAGGUUGAAAGGUUUUGGUUAUGCUGAGUUUGAGGACCUGGAUUCUUUGCUUAGUGCCCUGAGCCUCAACGAAGAGUCUCUAGGUAACAGGAGAAUUCGAGUGGACGUUGCUGAUCAAGCACAGGAUAAAGACAGGGAUGAUCGUUCUUUUGGCCGAGAUAGAAAUCGGGAUUCUGACAAAACAGAUACAGACUGGAGGGCCCGUCCUGCCACAGACAGCUUCGAUGACUACCCACCGAGGAGAGGUGAUGAUAGCUUUGGAGACAAGUAUCGAGAUCGUUAUGAUUCAGACCGAUACCGUGAUGGGUAUCGGGACGGGUAUCGUGAUGGCCCACGCCGAGAUAUGGAUCGAUAUGGGGGCCGGGAUCGCUAUGAUGACCGAGGCAGCAGGGACUACGACAGAGGCUACGAUUCCAGGAUAGGCAGUGGCAGAAGAGCAUUUGGCAGUGGGUACCGUAGGGAUGAUGACUACAGAGGAGGUGGGGACCGCUAUGAAGACAGAUACGACAGACGAGACGAUCGGUCAUGGAGCUCCAGAGAUGAUUACUCUCGGGAUGACUAUAGGCGUGAUGAUAGAGGUCCCCCGCAAAGACCCAAACUGAAUCUAAAGCCUCGGAGUACUCCUAAGGAAGAUGAUUCCUCUGCUAGCACCUCCCAGUCCAGUCGAGCGGCCUCUAUCUUUGGAGGGGCAAAGCCUGUUGACACAGCUGCUAGAGAGCGAGAAGUAGAAGAGCGGCUGCAGAAGGAGCAGGAGAAGCUGCAGCAGAAUUAG